GUACUAACUGUUUCACUCGGCUCGUUUUUUGGGUUUAUAUGCGCAGUCCUGUUUACUAAUAUUAUGUCUAUGGUGUUACUAGAAACGAAAGAGUUUUAUUAUCUGUACAACAAUACGCAUAGAUAGUUUACCAGAGUAAAAUUAAUUAGUUGUCUGUGGCUCAUGCACGCACGGACGGGGAGGGGACGAAUGUCCGCGUUUUUUCGCUUUGUCCACUUUCGUUUAUUUUCGUAAUUUCAGACGAAAAUAUAUCAAGAAAUGACCGCUGAAAACGAACGCGAAAUUUAUCAUAAAUUAGAAGCCAUGAAAGAGAUCAGGAACAAAACAAUAACUCUGGAGCGAAUGAAGCGCAGCAUUCUGAAUGAAGUGCGCAGCGGGGACCAGGAGGGCCGCUGCCUGGCGCAGUACAAGCGCGAGAUGGAGCUGCUGCAGCAGGAGAAGAUGAGCCACGUGGAGGAGCUGCGCCAGAUCCACGCCGACAUCAACGCGAUGGAGACGGUGAUCAAGCAGACGGAGGAGAGCAUGACGCGCAAGCUGUCGAACGCGUCGCGGCUGCACGAGGACUACCGGCCGCUGAAGGCGGAGGUGGACCUGCUGCGGCGCCAGUGCCUCGGCCUCGAGCGACUGCCCGACCUGCACGAGGAGGAGGGCAGCCCCAUCACGCCAGACCGGUUCCCGGCGCUGCCGGGCGGCGCGGGCGCGGGCGCGGGCCCGGCGGGCGCGGCGCCGCGGCUGGCGUCGUUCCUGCCGCCGGCCGCGCCGCGCAAGCCGCCGCCGCCGCCGCCUGCGUUCAGGUCUGCACUCGACCAAGAUUUCAUUACCGUCUCGCUGAGGCAGCAGCCGCCGCCCAUGAAGUCAUGCCUGUCGUGCCACCAGCAGAUCCACCGCAACGCGCCCAUCUGUCCGCUGUGCAAGGCCAAGAGCCGCUCGCGCAACCCCAAGAAACCCAAGAAGAAAUAGUCUCCCUGUGCUGCCCGCCGCGCCUGCGCCGGUAACACUUGUGCUGCACUAGACUAACAUAGUAACGUCAGAUGAAAGCACGGAAGCACCCGUGACACACCCACAAUCAUAAACAAACAAACAAUUAUAAAGAAAAAUUCCUGUGACUGUCGUGAAAAUGGUCAUCCUAAUUGCGAAUCUCGCAUAUUUGUCUCUUUGAAGUCGUCUGAAAAGUUUAUUGAUGUCAAAAUAAAUUAAUACAAUGUCACGUAAAAGGACAAUGC